ACUCCAGAUCCAGGCCACCCCGGGGCGGAGCUGCACUGUCAAGCUCGUACUUUUUUUUUUGGGACGCUGUGGAUACUCGCUGCUGUAACGCAGUCACGCAAUCUUGGUCACGUUCGGCUUGGAGGCUUAAUUAUUAUAUCACCAUUAUUAUUAUUAUUAUUGAUAAUAAUAACAAGAGUCAGCCUUUGUGAUUGUUCGACAUGGGUGCAGAGAGCUCAGUGCAGCAGGACGGGAAGAGCCAGGAGGAUGCCUCAGCUUCAGCUUCAGCCUCCACCGGGGAGCUGAGUGCGGAGGUGAAGUUGCUCCAGGAGGGAGGCAGCGUCCACGACAGCAAGCCUUUGGAGAAAAAUGGGCAAAUCUCCAGCUUGACCAGCCUGAACGGACACUCAGAGGACAACACGCUGGCAGAAGUUGGCCAGCCAGAUGGUGUGUCUGUGUCUCAGAAGGAGGAGUCUCCUGAGACAAUGGAUGCUAUCCAGGGCGAAGUCACACCUCAAGUAAAUGGCGAGAAAGUGGAUAAAGAGUCCCCUGAUCCCAAUGACAUCUCCGCUGUUGAGGAGAAGACAGUGGAGGAAAAACCUGAAGAUGCCAGUGAGGUGGGCUUCAAGAAGAUCUUCCGCUUUGUGGGCUUCAAGUUCACACUGAAGAAGGACAAAAGUGAGGAGAAGGACCCUGUGAAGCUACUGACAGUCAAAGAUAAAGAAGGAGAGGAGGUCAGUGGGACCGAUGAACCUGCAAAGGAGGAAGCUGCCACUGCUGAAGAGAAAGAGGCUGUUACAGAGGCAGCCGCGGCUGAGGCCGUGGCUGAGAGCAGUAAAGAUGCUGAUAAAGUGGAAACGACCGAAGCCCCAGCUGAAGGCGCUGCUGCUGAAGCCACAGAUGAAGCAGUCAAGGAGGAAGGAGCCAAGAAGGAGGGUGAGACCACUCCACCAUCCCAGGACACCACCAUGUCCCCAUUCAAGAAGCUCUUUGGUGGAGGGCUCUUCUCAAACCUAAGGAAGAAAGCCAGCGUCAAGAAAACAAAGGAGGAGGAGGAAAAGGAGGCAGCUGUUGAAGAGGGGGCAGCUAAGGCAGAGGAAACUGAUACUGCCGUGGAAGAAAAGGAGGAGAAAGAAGCAACAGAGCAGGAAACCAAGGAGGAAGCCUCAGAGACUCAUGUGGAGGAAAAAUCUGAGCCCAAGGAGGAGGCAGAAGCAAAAGCAGAGGCUACCACCGAGACUGAGGUCACUGCUGAAAUCCCGGCUCCUGCCGAAACCCCAGCUCCUGCUGAAACUCCAGCUCCUGCCGAAACCCCUGCUCCUACUGAAACCCCAGCUCCUGUCGAAACCACAGCUCCUGUCGAAACCCCGGCUCCUGCUGAAACCCCGGCUCCUAUCGAAACCCCAGCUCCUGUCGAAACCCCAGCUCCUACAGAGACUACUGAUGAAGAAACCAAAAAAGAGGACAAAAAGGAAGAAGAGGAAAAGGCUCCAACGGAGGUAGUUUCUGAGGCCGAGCUGCUAUCAUCACAGGAGAAGGUAAAACAACAGGGAAGCCCCCUGAAGAAGCUCUUCACAGGAGCUGGCUUGAAGAAGCUCUCAACUAAGAAACAGAAGAGCAAGAAAGAUACUGAGUCAAAGCUCACUGAAUCUGGGGAGCAGGCAGCUGAGCAGCUUCAGUCCUCUACUGAGUCAACAGAGGCCCCCAAAGCUGAAAGUGGACCUUCAUCUCCAGAGGAUUCAGGAGAGCAUGUUAUUGCAGUGGAGGUGACAGAGAAUGAGUCGAGCCAAGAAACCGAAGGUGAGGUUACAUCUGAUGGAGAGAAGAAAAAGGAAGGCAUCAUCGCCUGGUCCUCCUUCAAGAAGCUGGUAACGCCCAAGAAGCGCGUAAAAAGGUCUUCUGAGAGUGAAGAUGAAGCCACGGCUGAGAAACCAGCAAAGUCAGCAACUCUAUCCUCUUCUGAGAGUGCUACAUUAGCUGAUAAGAGUGUUGAGGAGGAGGCUAAGGAGGAUAAGCCCUCAGAGGAAGAGCCAAAGAAUGAAAACACUGAGAAACUGGUCAGCAGUACUGAGGAGCCCAAAAAGAAAAUGGACACCUCUGUUUCCUGGGAGGCUCUCAUGUGCAUGGGAGGACCCAAGAAAAGGACAAGGAGGACCUCUGAUUCUGAUGAUGACGAGACCAAGGUUGAAGAGGAAGUGCCAGCAGUAGCAGCACCAGAAGUGGAAGAGGAAGGCAAAACUGAAGCUGCCAUUGUUACAUCCCAAAAUACUGAGAGUGAAGGUGAGGUUAUUUCUUCACCUGAACCUUUAAACAACCCCCCUGAGAGAGAGUCUACCUGGGACACAUUGAAACGCAUAGUUAUGUCAAAGAGUAAGCCCAAAGUUGAGGAAAAGCCAGAGGAGCCUGCAGAACAAGUUCAGUCAGAUGGUGAAGCACCAAAAGAAGAGUCAUCUUUCUCUCUGAGGAAGUUUUUCCCUGGACGCAGGAAGAAGAAGACUGAAAAACAAGCUUCCACUGACCAAGGCUCAGGUGAGGAGGACUCUGACACUCCAGCUGUGGUCCCUCUCUCAGAGUAUGAUGAACAAACUGAAGCUCCAGCAGACACAGCUGGCGUCCAGAUUAAAGUGUCCGCCGAAGAUAGAUCCCCUUCAUGGAUCCCAGCCUCUGUUGAAGAUUCUGAUAAACUCGAUCAGCUGAGUGAUAUCCCAGAGGAGGCGGAGAAUGCUGCCACACCCAAGUCUGUUGAUACUGACAUUGCAGACGAUGACACCGAAGAAGUGGCUACACCACCUAAAUCUCUAGGGCGCACUGGGCGUAGAUUGUCUACUGCUGAAGUGAAACCUGUUGCUCUGGCUCCAGCUGCAGAAACCACCCCUGUUCCUAAGGGACCCAAGGCAGAGAAUGCAGAAGAGGUAAUAGAAGCUAUUGAGGCCCAAAUAUCUGAAAUCCCAACACAGACAUCUGUGGCCAUACAAGAUGUACCAGUGGAAGAAGCUUCUGAAAAAACUGAGUAUGAACCACCAACUGAAAUUGCCAAGUCCACAUCCAACGCCAUCCUGGAGCCUCAUGCUCGUAAUGAGGCCAUGGCGAUCUGCACCGGCCUUGGCACCAAGGAGAUUGCCAAAGUAGCUCUGGAGAAGCCCGUGGUGCCCGUUGUAGAGUGUGUGGCUGUGAUCCGUGAUGCUCUGAGCACAGAGGUGUCAAUAGAAGAGAAACCACCAAGUUCAGAGGACGCUACUGCUACAGAAGACCCAGUGCUUCGUGCCCAAGUUGAACAGGUAGAAACCACUGAGCUGGAGCCUGUUGUUGAAACUUUAGUGACUGAAGUCGCAGAUAUUGAAGCUGCCAGUGAGAGUCAGGAACCUGAGAUUGAGAAGCUUGGAGUUGUCAGCACUGUCCUGCAGGAGUCCGAAGUCAUUCACCCUGCCACAGUGUCCGAGAACUCUCCUAAAGCUGUAAUUAUCAACCCCAUUGCACCAAUUCCUGAAACUGCUCUUUUCACUGAGAGUGUAGAAGUGUGUGAGAUAACUGUAGUGACCAAGGAAGUUAAAAUGGACAUGGAGCAGCUUGCUGCCACUGAAGAAAAUAUGGCUUUAAAAGAGGUUGUUCCAGCUGUGACUGCAGAGAUGUCAUCCACCGUCUGUGACGUCACAAAGAACACCAUCUCAAAGGAGACUGAAGCAGCCAUCCCUGUGGCUCUACCAAGUGAGGAGAUUUCUGUUAUCACAGAAACAGUGGUCCUUGUUGCACCUGUCACUGUGGAGUCUGACCAAGUGGGAACAUCAGACAAGCUGGAAAACGCAGUAGUGUCAGCGCCAGCUGAACCACUGCAGGUGAAGAUCGAGUGUAAUGGUGAAGAAACUGCUGCUGAUAAGGACACAGAGAAGACAGAGGAAGUCCAGCAGACCAGUGAAAUUGAGGCUCAAAGCAUGGUCAUUGCCCAGACUGUCAUUCAGGACGCAGUGGACAAAGUUUCAGAAGACGCGUCAGAACCCGAGAUUCCUGUCACGCGUACAGCCAUAAAUCCAGCAUCAGUCCAGGCAACUGCAACGACAGAGAAAGACGUUGAAGUCACACCUGAAACCCCUGUUGUCACUGACACCCCUGUCGCUGUUGUCUUUGAAAAACCAGCACCCAAGCCACAGAUUCUCUGUGCUGCCAUGGAGGUGGUUGACCCAAUCCCCAUAGAAGUCACGGAGAGCCUCGAAACAAAGGAAGAGGAACCAGAAGAAAGCUUGAAGAAAGCUGCGGAGGUAAAAGUAAGUGAAGAAGCUGCUGUAAUGGAAGACGUAGUGGAGAUUAAGGCGGAGAGUGAAAAAGUUGAAGAGCUCGAAGAGGUCAAAGAGCAGGAGAGCAAAGAAGAAGCAACAGAUGUGAAGCAGCCAGAGGAAACCAAGUCAGAGGCCCCAUCAGAGGAGAGCAAAGAGAAAGAGCUUGAGAUCCACAUGCCAGUCCAGGUGGUCCUGCAGACGGCUCAGGUGGUUGAGGAUCCAUCAGUGGAGGAAGAGGCUGUGGUCGAAAUUGAAGGCGGCGCUCCCUUAGCAGAAGACUCCGGUGCAAGACCUAAGAUCUCUGCAAGUGAAAACAAACUCUCAGUGCUGUCAGAAGAACCUCAGGCGACGGGUUCAGCAGAAGAAGACGCAGAAGAGGCAGAGGCAGAGGCAGAGACAACACCGUCAUCGCCAUCAAAGUGUGCAGAAGUGAUGGCGCAGGUGAUAGAGGUGAUCGAGGAGGCUGUGAAGGAGAUCGAGCCAGCGUCCACAGAGGUCACAACAGCAUCAUGAGCAGCCGAAGAUUUACGACUGAUGCCUGGGAGACACACAGUCUGGACCAGGAAGUGAGUGAUGAGGGAGAGAGAAAGAAAGAGAAAGAGAUAGAGAGGCUUCUCUGUGGUAACACACUGAGACUGGGCCUCGCCCAUCCCGCCCAGAGAGACUGAGUGACUGAGCAUCAGCUCCACCGUUCUCUCCAGCUCCCCUCCCACCUGUACUCCAACCCCGUCCUGCAGUCCAGUCACAGCCCCGUGACAACCCACUGUCACCCCCCCCCCCCCCCCCCCCCCAACCAAACACACACCCGCUCACCCAUUCACUCGCUCGCACACACUCAUGCAUGUCCUGUGCCUUAGAAGCAUCACAUCUGGCUUCUGUUCCGUGCAAUGUAUGUCCAGUGUCUCAGUGACUUUCCUUUGCCCUUGUUGCAUAAAGUCUGCAACGUGGCUGAGCGUGUACCGGUGCAUAUGUGAGUGUGUGAGCGCGUGCGCGCGUGUUUGUCUUAAAUGUGUAUAAUAGCAAGAGUGAGACGGAGCCCGAUGGUGAAGAGACGGAGGUUUAUUAUCUUGUAUAUUGUAUUUAUAUCUUGAGUAUUCUUUCAUUCACCCGUAAUGUUUUUCUCUAUAUUUUUGCCCUGUUUUGUUAGUGUAUGGAUAUUGUCGCCUGUUUUUAAAUUAAGCUGUGAUGCGUCAGGUAUUUUUGAGUAACAUUACAAGUCAGUUUUAACUCCGUCAAGCUAAAAAAAUCUCCUGUGAAAUGCACCCAAAUGAUGAAUAAUCACCAAUAGAAGUGUUGCGUAAAAGUGCUUCGUGUGUAUCACAGCUUUAAGUGUCGUAUACAAAGAUUAUUUCAAGCAUCUGUAGCAAUUACAGCUAAGCCAUGGUACAAGUGUGAUUCCACAGACAAAAAUAAGCUGGCAGAGAGCGCGAUGAUAUCUACCACCACGCGUUUGACUUUUGACACGUUCUCUUGUCACAAUGUGUUCUUUCCUCUCUCCAUCCAACGUGAUCGUGUAGAUAAGAGCGAGCACUGCUGGAUUUACUGUGAAAAAAAAAAAGACAUUGUUACACAUUGUUUCAUGUAAUAAUACAAUAAAACACUUUCACAACACCCUCAUUUGAUAAUGUGACAGAGGUAUGAGGUAAACAGUGACUUGCAGAGAAUAUAGAUGCCUGUUUUUUGGCACUGGGAAAGAUGUUUAAAAACACUUUCAUGGCAUAUCACGUUCACUGUGUUUAACUGCCACGUCUUUAACUGAUUUGUGAAAUAUGUUUCAUUGAUGAUGUGAACUUUCUUUACGCUUAUUUGUCGAUGAAAAGAAAGUAUAAUGGCGCCCUCUGCUGCUUACAAAAAAUAGCAUACACCCUUUCGCCUCCAGCCGUUGGUGUCACUUCGAAUCAUUCUUUAAACAAAGUCGAUAAAAUGUCUUAAGUUAUACGUGCACUAUGUCGCGUCCUUCACAAAGCAUGAUGGCUCAGGUUCAUUAAGCUGGCACCGGGGAGGAUGUAGACGAUUUAGUAGGGGCACAGACACCAACUGCAUGGUACCAGAAAUAAAAACAAAAGCUCAUUUUAAUCCUAAUUUAAAAAGCCAAAUUGAGUUAGGAUAAAUCAGGGAGUCGUGGUCUUUGAAUUGCUCACAGGAUAAGGCAUCAGUUGCAUCCAAUUAGAUUCCCAAAGCAUCUUCUCAGUUAAGAAGUCAGGAUUUAUUGUGCAAACGUAGGGACAUAGUAGGAGAUAUCUUGAGGAUAAAUACUCGUGAGAGUCAGUUUAACCACCAAAGUAAAUAUUCGUUCAUCUUCCGCCAACUUUGUGAAAUUUGCACCGCGUUGCCGACACUAGUGUUUCCGAAAGUUCACAUUUCACUCAGCUUUAUGGCCGAAUGAGUCGGGCAUCAGGAGGUCUGGACCCCAAAUUAGGUCAGCUCUUUACUUUACCUUGACUCGAGAGGGUGUGACACAUCCAUGAUAUUUGCUUUAUGUGAAAUAUGUGAUUUAAAAAACAAAAAAUGAGUUGGAUAAUGUCAAGCGUUUAGGGGCACCUGUCCACCUUCAGUCCUCCCUGCUUUUUGUAACACACAUAACUGUGAACCUGUUAACAUUUGUACAGAUUGUAUACCUACUGUAUGUACUUAAAUCAUAUUGUUGUAAUAUUAACUAAUAACCUGCAGCCAUUAAGCAUAAUACUCAUGUAGCAUGGUCUUUUAUAUUUUCCAAGCUGUUAAUAGUAAGGACUCAGAAACUUGUCUAUAUUUCAUUCAAUAAAGCUAGAGAAAACUGG